UCGUACUCCAUGUACCAUUUGUCCGCUGAAGCAUUACAAGAAAUUAUCACUGAAUUCCCAACGAAGUUGAUUGCUGUUGUUAUCUUGGCAUUGACCACUUACUGGAUGCCUAACUUGAGACAUACUGCUGGAGGAUUUUUCAUGUACUUGCUAUUCUUGUUGACCAUUCAACAGUGUAUGUCGUUCACAUUCAAGUGUGUUGCCACUGUGACUAAAGAUGGUACCACAGCUCAUGCCAUUGGUGGUUUAUGGGUUUUGAUGAUGUGUGUUUAUGCUGGAUUUGUGCUUCCAUUAACACAAAUGCAUCACUGGAUUAAGUGGAUUCAUUACUUGAAUCCUAUGUUCUACUGUUUCUACUCCUUGAUGGGUAAUGAAUUCCACAGAAGACAUAUGGAUUGUUAUCAAUUGGUUCCAUCUGGUCCAGGUUACGAAAACACAUCCCUUUCCAACCAAAUAUGUAGUAUUCCAGGUUCCAUUGCCGGACGUGACUGGGUUCUUGGAGAUGACUACCUAUACAAGGCCUUUGAUAUUAAAUGGCACAAUGUGUGGAAAUACUGGGGUAUCAACUUAUGUUGGACUGUCGGCUAUAUUGGAUUAAACGUUUUCAUGUCUGAGUACAUCAAGAAUGUUGAAGGUGGUGGUGACUUGCUAUUGUUCAAGAGAGGUUGUCUGCCUGAUACCUCUGCCGGUGAAGAUUGGGAUGGUAAGGUUGCCACAAGAGGUGAGAUGAUGCUUGCUUUGAACGGUCCAGAUGCCGACCUUGAAGAGAUUAUUGCUACUGCCGAUAUCUUCUCGUGGAAAAACUUGGACUACAUUAUUCCAUACGAUGGUGCUACCAGACAAUUAUUAUGUUCCAUUCAAGGUUACGUUAAGCCAGGUACCAUGACCGCCCUUAUGGGUGAAUCUGGUGCAGGUAAGACCACAUUGUUGAACGUUUUAGCCCAAAGAAUUUCCUUCGGUACUAUUACCGGUGAUAUGUUGGUUAAUGGUAGACCAUUGGAUACAUCUUUCAAGAGAAGAACUGGUUAUGUGCAACAACAAGAUUUGCAUAUGGCUGAGUACUCUGUUAGAGAAUCAUUAAGGUUUGCCGCUGAUUUGAGACAACCUAAGGAUGUGUCCACUGCUGAGAAAUACGAAUAUGUUGAAAAGAUUAUUGGCUGCUUGGGUAUGGACAAAUAUGCCGAGGCUAUGGUUGGUAAGGUCGGUAGAGGUUUGAAUGUCGAACAAAGAAAGAAAUUGUCUAUUGCUACUGAAUUAGUUGCUAAGCCAUCAUUGUUAUUAUUCUUGGAUGAACCUACCUCUGGUUUGGACUCUGAAUCUUCAUGGUCUAUUGUCCAAUUCUUGAGAGCUCUUGCAGACUCUGGUCAAGCUAUCUUGUGUACGAUUCAUCAACCAUCGGCCACAUUGUUUGAGGUUUUCGACAGAUUGCUAUUGUUGAAGAAGGGUGGUAAGACUGUGUACUUCGGUGAUAUUGGUGCAAACUCCUCUACAUUGUUAAAUUACUUCGAAGGACAUUCUGGUGUCAAGUGUGGUGCUUCUGAGAAUCCUGCUGAAUACAUUUUGAACUGUAUUGGUGCUGGUGCAACAGCUUCUGCUGCCCAGGAUUGGUCUGAACUUUGGAACAAUUCUCCAGAAUGUGCCCAAACCACAAAGGAUAUUGAAUACUUGCAUGCUGAAUUACCAAAGAGACCAGAGAACUCAAGUUCUGGUGACUUGUCUGCUAAAUAUGCUACUACAUACGACAAGCAAUUCUGGUAUGUUUUGAGAAGAACAUAUGUUCAGUUCUGGAGAUCACCGGUCUAUAUCAGAGCCAAGUUCCUUGAAUGUGUUUCUUGUGCUCUUUUCGUUGGUUUAUCUUAUGUUGGUAUGGAUCACUCUGUAGGUGGUGCACAAGGUGCUUUCUCUUCCAUUUUCAUGUUGUUGUUGAUUUCCGUUGCUAUGAUUAACCAAUCUCACGUCUUUGCUUUUGAUACCAGAGAAUUGUUUGAAGUCAGAGAAGCUUUGUCGAAUACUUUCCACUGGUCAUGCUUGCUUCUUUGUCACACUAUCCUUGAAAUCUUCUGGUCCACAAUUUGUCAAUUCUUCAUUUACGUUUGUUACUACUGGCCACCAAGAUACUCCGGGGAUGCUAAUAAGGCUGGUUUCUUCUUCUUCAUCAACGUGUUGAUUUUCCCAGCUUACUACUGUACCUACGGUUUGGCUAUCUUGUACUUUUCCCCAGAUGUGCCAUCAGCUUCUAUGAUCAACUCCAACUUGUUUGCUGCGAUGUUGUUGUUCUGUGGUAUUUUGAAUCCAAAGAGAUACUCGCCAAGAUUCUGGUCCUUCAUGUAUGUUGCAUCACCAUUUACCUACUUUGUGCAAGCGUUUGUUGGUCCUAUUUUGCGCAACAGAAAGUUGGUUUGUGAGUAUGGCGAAUUAAGUAUUGUUGAUCCACCAGAGGGACAAAACUGUGGUGACUACUUCUCGCAUUACAUUGACAACAACGGUGGUUACUUGAGAAACCCGGAUGCUGACAGCAGUUGCCAAUACUGUCCAUACACCAUGCAAGAGCAGGUUGUUAUCCAAUAUGGUAUCAAGUGGAACCAGCAUUGGAGAGAUUUCGGUAUUGCAUGGAUCUACAUCAUUGCUAAUAUUGGUUUCAUGUUGGUUGGCUACUACUACUUCAGAGUUAUCGGUAAGAAUCCGUUCGGUAUGAUUUUCAAAUUGUUGAACCCUAAGUCUUUGAUUCCUAAGCAAAGACACGAAAAGGACAAGACCAUUUUCCAAAAGAAACCAGGCGAUGACAAGAUUGGUACCCAAAAGAAGGCAUGAUAGAUCUCAUUGCUUAAUUCCAACAACCAGAAUACUAAUAUAUUUACACAUUUACGCGUAAGCACAAUAGAUCUUUCACAGACAGCACAUCUACCAAUUUAUUCAUACAUUUCCUUUAUAUGGUUAUUUAUGCGUUUUAUAAACAUUUUCCAUGGAUACAGUAAUAAACAUAUUCAAACUUAAUUUGUAUACACUGGACUAGCUCAAUUUUCCAUUGCCAAAAAAUCAGAGCUCAAAUAAGAAGAACUUUAGCAACAAACAGCGAUUGGAG